AGGCACGGAUACACAUGAACUCAACAGACCUUGUCAACAUCGCCAGGAAGGAGCUGCAGUCGUGAUGUUCCUGGGUUUCUUCUUUCUUCUCUUCCUCUCAGAUGGGGUUGCCUCCGAGCGUACCUGCAGUUAUCAGGAUGUCUUAAACCAUCUAAACCUGACCAAAGACAACGAGCUGUACUCGAUGACCCGGCCUGUGAAAAACUACAAACACCCCACGGUCGUGUCCCUGGAGGUUCUGCUCUACGCCAUCCUAGAUAUGGUUGAGAAAGACCAGAAAUUUAUUCCUUAUGUUUGGACUGUUAUGAGGUGGCAUAAUGAAUACAUUUCCUGGGACCCAAAUCAGUUUUGUGGAAUUGACAAUGUCUCUCUUCCUACCGACAUUCUAUGGAAGCCUGAUCUCACUAUUGAAGAAAUGACGGAGAAGGACAAAGCCCCUCCGAGUCCUUAUCUCACCAUCAACAAUAAAGGUGACGUCGAAGUCCAGAACGACCAGGUGCUGGUGAGCACCUGCAGGAUGCACAUUUACAAAUUCCCCUUCGACAUUCAGAAAUGCAACCUGUCCUUCAAAUCUGUCAUACAUACUGCCAGGGACAUUCGUCUGUGGCCAAGUGAUAACUCUUCCGAGGCCACACAGUGGUCCAGAGAGGUGAUGCGGACUCAGUACGAGUGGCUGUUCCUCAACAUGACCGUCACCUCGGACAAUGCCACCAGUUUAGUCGACCAAGACAUCAUCAUAUACACUAUCACCAUGAAGAGGAGGUCCGCCCUCUACAUUGUCAACUUUUUGCUGCCUGUCCUCUUCUUCUUGUGUCUGGACUUGAGUUCCUUCCUCAUCUCAGAUCAUGGAGGGGAGAAACUCAGUUUCAAGGUCACUGUGCUACUCGCCGUCACGGUGUUACAACUCAUCCUCAAUGAAAUUCUCCCAGCCACAUCCAACCGGAUCCCACUCAUAGCGGUCUACUGCAUAGGGAUCUUUGGUCUGAUGCUGCUCAGCCUCCUGGAAACCAUUUUGGUGUUGCAUCUGAUAGAGAAGGAUUCUGCAUCUCAAGACAAUGAGAUAGAGACAGACCGAAACCUGAGAGAGGACUGUAACAAACAGGACAAAGCCAACUUGCACCGUGGCCACAGAGAAGGUGGCAAAUGGGCUCAGUCUACGUCUGAUGGUGAAACUCCAUCUGAUCUGCAGGCUGUAGCCAGAGAGGUCAACGGCAGCAAACUGAUAGAGGAGUACGCCUUGGAGAGGCUUUCUGAUGAGCUCAGGGAGAUGGAGAAAAUACUGACUCUGCUCUUCAACAACAAGAAGGAAGAGAAGAAAUUCAACUACUGGACCAGAGUGGCGAAAAAAGUCAACAGAGUUUUCUUGAUUUUCUAUGUCACAGUGGUCAGUCUGUUUCUAGUUUUUAUCUUUGUGAAAUGGAACUAGCACCUUGAAACUGCUAUCCUAACCCUUCAACCUCAGAACCCGGCUUCUCUCUCAUCUUCAAACAGUGUCUCAUAUAUCGGACAAUUGGAUAUGUUAGAAAUGUUUCUCUGCACCGUUAAGACGUUGGAUAUCAGGUGUCUGAAGAUAAUUAUCUGUAGUUUUCUGAAACUAACAAAAAACUUCAUACUGUAAUUGAUCAUAUAUGUGGAGGAGAGAAACUAUUCGGGUACUGCGUCGCUCUCAGUCAUAGGCAAAUGGUUCAUGUUUUUUAUGGAAACAGUAAGUAUUAGUAGCCCAGUCUUUAUCAAACUUGUAAAUUAUCGGCAGAAAAGAAUAACAGAUUGUUGAAGCCAUGGUCAGUAAAUUCCCCAGACACCAACUCAUCCUGAAUGUUAGUUCUGCAACAGCUCUUUUAGUGCCUGACGCACUUAACGGUGGUUUUGCUUCUCACAUUUUCCUCUGCUGGAAAUGUGUACUCAUAAAAGCCUUCUGUUCUCACAUCUGGGUUUUUAGCGAAAGCUAUAUGAGAAGUACAUGAUGUAUAAUUGCCUGUUCAUAUACAUAUACCACAGGAUGUUGUUUGCAAGUGUUGCUCAGUGUUAAUAUCUCUAACAUAUACACAGUAAUAAACAACUCUGGAAAUUGUAUAACUGUAGU